AUGACCACUAUCCAACAAACCAAACCAAAGACAGUCUCAACUACGUCGACUAGAAUAACCUGCGAACAGUCUCAGAAACUCGUCCAAACAAUGUUGACAAUGUCGUUUGGGUGUCUCUCAUUCCUAAGGGGUCUGUUUCCUGACGACAACUUUGUUGAUCAACGCUUCGUGCCUGAAAAGGUCAACAAGGACUAUACGAAGGACAGGAGUGGCACACAGUCCAACUCUAUCAAAAUCAAGACCCUUGUACGUGGAAAAACCCUUGAAGCAGAUAUGUUUUUAGAUUGGCUAGAGAAAGGUGUAUUUCAAUCCAUUAAGCUGAAAUACCUGAAAGGAUUGAGUCUGGGCAUUUUCGCGGACGAAAAUUCACCCACAGAGCUUCUGGAAAACUAUGUCUUUGGCUUCAACUACGGUCCCGAAGGUCAAAUAUCAGUAAGCGUUAACGAUGGAGACGAGUCUGUCUCCCUUUUGGAUUCUCGGAAAGUCGUGCAACAACUAAUGCGUAGAUUUAUCAUAAUUACGCAGUCACUCGAGCCUCUUCCUGACAAACGCUUUCUCUCAAUGCGCCUUCUGUUCAACGAUAGUGCCCCGUCAGAUUACCAGCCGCAGCUAUUUAAAGACGCCACUCAUGACAGUCCAGCCACUGUUAAGGUUCCGGCAUCCACAGAUCUCGACACUUAUUCUGUAGGGUCAGUGGACACCAAGUUUCACAGAGUCUUUCUCAAAGUGUUGUCUGUUGUUGAGUCAAACGACGGUGACGAUCGCCCAACGAGAGAUAUAGAUCCAUUUGAUCUUAUUGAGGAAUCCAAAGAUAUGAAUAACAACAGUGUCUUAUUCAGCCAAUUAUCCCGAAUGUCUCCUGAAGCCAUGGCCAGUCAAACCACACAUUACCUACAAGACUUACUGGCCUCUCCAAAUGGUGAAGUGGCACAGACGCAACACCUCGAUGAGAACACCAUUUACGAUUGCCAGUGCCGAACACCUUGUCCAAUGUCCACAUCUAGGACCCUGAACUGCUCUUCUUGUAAGAGAAAACUGCACAAGCUAUGCUACGGCAAUCGUCAUCAUAAUACGGUCCCUAAAUGUCUAUCCUGCUUGGCACAUGGCUCCAAUGUUGAUUUUUCUAGCGCACCAUUCAAAGUCUUGAUGAUGCUGAGGAGAGUAUUCAGAUUCAUGAUUAAGAAGCCGCAGAUUCCCAGUAAACUGACAGGGUUUUACCAUGUGCUGGUGGGGCCCCAACCGGAACCAGGUGUCGUUGAUCAUAUCAACAUGGCACUAUCAAUAAUGUUUUUGGAUGAAACCUUUAUCCUUGAGAAAGAAAGAAGAACACAGGUCAAAAAAUCGCUCUACUUGCGGUCAUCCAAUUAUGUUGAAAUCGAUAACGCCGGAGUGAUAGUUCGGGAUAUUGGUGAGCUUCUAAAAGAUACAAAACACGUUUGGACUUUUGUGGCUAACUCAUCAAAAGCGCAGGAAGGUUAUACCUCCGUAACUAUUGAUACCCUAGACUCCUUUGAGAGUGCUCUGCACUCUGUCAAGAUAUCGAUGUCCAAUGUCGUGACCGCCUCGCAGGUGCCCCCUCCGUCUGAUGCCGAAAUAUCCCCGGGCUCAUCGUUGGAUAUGUAUUCUCUGAGAAUUGAAGACGACACCCAAAAUACUUUGGAAACGGGUAAAAGAACAUACCCUAAGUUAGGGGAUUAUCUGCACGGUAAAAGUCAAUCACUUGAUGAUACUCUGGACGUACAGGCUUUGCCUCCACAAAAGAUAAGAAAAAUCAGCGCUUCUAAAAAGACUCUCAAGAGUAUUUGGUGA